AAGUUUUUUAAGAAAGAUAAAAAAGGUACGCUUUCGACUCUUUAGUGUAUCCAGUACCUAGAUCUUAUCCUCAACCUUGAAAAAGAUUUUACCUCGAUCGGUUUGCGUCACUCUGAUUAAUAUUAUGUCAAAGCUACAUAUUUUGAUAGCUGCCUAUAUUAUAGAUUGAUAUACGAUUUCACAUUUGGCUGUUAUCCCAUCAGAAACUAUAUAUGAAUGUUUAAAAUAAACAGCAAUCAUAUUUAUUCAACAGAAUAAUAAUAACAAUAAUAAUAAUAUCAACAUGUAAUUGUUCGUAUUUCCUAAACGGUUAAAUUUUAUUAAGUUUUAUUAGCAAUUUGAUAUAAGAUGAUCAUAUUGUUUCAACUUGUGGAAAAGCCUCACGCUUGUUGGUUUGACGAGACGUUGUGUAACUGCUGGUUCACUCGUUGAAUGGCCGCUUAGGUGGUUGUUGGUUGAUUAAAUAAUUUUGCAUGGGUGAUGGCUUGUUCAAUAACUGACUGACUGCUGUAAUUAUUUUAAUAGUUCCAGCUUUGGCAUGGAAAGAUAUUACAUCCAACGACAGUGUCUCUUCUGAAAUCCACUGUGCAUUUAACUGUGGUAAUGAGCCAACAUGUGCUGGAUUUAAAUACAAAUUUGGUACAAACAGUCCAUCAGUAAACUGCCAACUCAGCAACACUACUGGCAAGAACAACAUGGCAAAUUAUGAUGAUCAAGGCUGGGUGUUUUUUAUCGAUGUUACAAAAAAAUUGGUACGUAUACUUAAAUUAUGUGUGAUAACUCUGGAAACGAUUGCGUGAUUCCUUUCCAGAUUUUAAUCUCCAUGUUUCAAUGUUUAUAUAUUUAACUCGUUAAAUAUAUAAUAUAUAUUUAAUGUUUAUAUGUAUUUCGCGUGUCGCUUAUAUAGUAUUAGCAAAUAUACAAAACUUAGAAAAAUAUUGUUGGCUUGAUACAAAGGAGUCACUGUUAACAGCUAACCUAAGCAUUACCUAACCUAAAGGUUACUGUAAACCUAACAGCAACUUGGUCUCCUUUAGUCAAACCGGCCUAAUACACUUUUACUGUAUUAUACAACAAGCGCUUUAUAGUUGAAAAUGUAUUAAUUAUAGAAACAGUACAGUACUAAAACUAAGAAAGAAAUUACAACAACGUCUGGUAUUCCUACAACUGAGAAAGAAAUGACAACAACGCCUGGUAUUCCUACAACUGGUAAGUGCAACGCACAUUUUAAAUGAAAUAUCUUCAUAUUUUAGUAUUUCGAAAUUCGAAUUAAUUCAUUUCGUUUGAAUUCAUGAUUUGUAAUGAUUCGUUCGGUAAUUCGCACUAUAUUGGAGAGUACAAAAACUCCGAAAUCUGAAUGGCAGACGCAGGGCCGUCGUUAUAGGGGGGGGGGGGGGUGUGGCGGGGGGUGACAUCCCUGAAAACAUCUUGUCGGCAAAAUAAUAGAUUUAUCGGCAAAUUGUUUUCGUAGUCAGCGAAAAUAUUUGAGUGGCUCUGAAUAAAAAGUAAUAGGUAUAGCAAAAAAAUUAAUAAAUGUUACAAAAAAUAACAAAUUUCGGUAUCGGAAGAUUUUUUACAUCUCCCGCCCCCCGCUCGCGAACAAUUUUGGAAAAAGAAAUAUUAAAAAGCGACUGAACUGUUGUCGGCAUAUGCGAUACUACCUCCACAGCCCCCCCUCCCCCAACCUCAGCCUGUUUGCUACGGUCCUGGGCAGACGGUAUCCACGAAGGAUUACUCGAAAGGCGGGUCGUCUGCCAUACAGGGAAUGCUGGGAUAAGUAAAAAUCUAUCUUUAUAAUGAUCCAUUUCAUUUCUUGAAAUUUAUUUAGUUCUGCCCCAACGUAAUGAAUGCUCCAGCUAUUCAUGGCUGAAUGAAAGCAACAGAAACCAGAAUUAUUCAAAAGAAACACAACAUUGCGACGACGGUCUUUCAGGAUGGUACAGAUUUGGAGGAGGAGCUGGGAUUAAAAUGGCAUCAUCGUGUGUACCUCAACGGAGAUGUGGAACCCAUGCCCCAGGUUGGAUGAAUGGUGCUCACCCUACAGUUGCUGAUGGCAAGGUCACCAGGAAAGUGUGUUACACUUGGAUCAAUGGUUGUUGCAUGUCAGUACUCAAAUUACAUCGAGGUUGUGAAUUGUGGACAGUAUUAUGUUUACAAACUAAGCCCUC